CGGAACUUUAUACUGGCAGAGGGGACGCACGCUGAGGCAGACUUGUUGAAGUUGCCGUCGCGUAAUGAUUAUUCCGAUCAUCAAUCCUCGACGAGCCCGCAGAGGCACAGUGCCUUCUGUCCAGGUACAAGCCCACGAGCGGCAACUCGGCUCCGACAACCAACUUGAACGACCAACGCCCAGGAUCGAGGCAAACUCAAGAUCUGAGACCUGUCAUUUCGGCCCGUUCAGCAGCAUCGGGUGUCCUUGGGAAUCCCCACUCUCAGCAGCCAUGGCAAGGAUUUCCGGGGAAUUUGGAGGGAGCGACAGUGUCUUGCCCUACGGAACUGGAGGGACUGAUCUGCGGCAUGCCGUAAAUGAACUCCCGAGCAUGAUGUCCAGACACCACAUGCGUGUUGUGCAUGGUCCCUGGCUGGCACGGGGCUCCCACCCCAGGGCAGAUCGAUGCUCGUCAAAGUCUGGGCGAUACGUGCUGCACGCGCGCAAUGCUGACGUGCAGUGCAGCAAGGGACCCAAUCACCUCUGGGCCAUUGACUUUAUCAGUACCCCAUAACCAGCAGCACAGUACUCUCAGUUUGUACCAUAUCGUGGACGACGUCCCCGCUCCGACAAGUAUCUCACGCUGAUGCAAGCUGGCCUGCAGACGACCUUUUACAAUACGCCACACGGUCCGCAGGAUUUUUGAAGUUACUGGUUCUGGACUGUUCGACGAGACGAGCGGCACAUGGAAAGCAAGCGCAGUCUUA